GGCUAUUGCAUUUCUUGCUCAGCUACUCUUGUACUUUUUCUCUUUCAUUUACCAAAUGGGCAGGCUUGUGGCAUUGUCUUUCGCCGUUCUAGCGGUGCAUGGUGUCGGCGGCAUGGGCGGCCCGUCGUCGUUCAACCCGGGGUUUCUCAUGGAAGACCUGCUGUCAUACCCGCAGUACGAAAUAAACUUUUUGGAAGACCUGUUGCCUGCGUCACAGCUGCAAAACGCCAUCGAUAGGACGCGGCAAAAUAACGAACGGUUGAAGGGCCCCCAUGCAAACGAUGUCGCUGACAAGGCGCCUGACACGGACAUAAUCUACGAGCCGAUCGUGCUGAAGGCAACCAAGAAAUGGAAGUUCCUGUGUCGGGUCCCACAGGUGGAUUCAGAGAAGGUGCGGAUGGAGGAGCGGGAGCGCGAGGAUACAGCUGUGCCUACAGGCGUUGAUGCGCGGGAAGUUGAGCGACAAUCGAUUGAACGCGGAUUGCAGCUGCUGGAGCCAAUGAAGCCUGGGUGUCUGACAUACGUCGAGGGUUGGUGGACAUUCGAGUACUGCCAUGAUCGGUCGGUCAGCCAGUUCCAUCGGAUCGAGCAGGCGGAGCCAGACGAGUACGAGUUGAUCAAGUAUCGGCUGGGCGAUCCGAGCCAGCGCAAGCCAUUGGGGCUGCCUGAGGUGCCAAAUGGGCAGACACUGGACGGCGAGACCGAGGAUACGCGGACAACGCAAACAUGGGGCGGAGGCAGUGUUUGCGAGAUUACGAGACGGCCCAGGGAAAUUGAGGUGCAGUUCCACUGCGAUCCGAACAUGCCUGAGCGCAUUUCGCACAUUAAGGAGACAUCGACGUGCCAGUACUUCAUGGUGGUGACGACGCCGCGGCUGUGCGAGGAUGCGAGCUUUUUUGACCCGGCAGGCAUCGACAGCGACAAGGAGUACCACGAGAUCAUUGCUCAGAAGGCAUCGCUGCCUGAGGCGGUCGAGGAGCAGCAGCACCCGGUAGAACAGGCACCCAAGGACCCGGAACACGGCUCAAAGGAGAGUGCAGGGGAGAAGGAGGAGAGUGGUCCCGCCACAGCUGACGCCAAAGCCACGGCCAAGCCAAAGAAAAUGCGGAAGAAGACUGCGAAGAAAGCAGCAGCGGAGCCAGAACUCAUCACGAUCGACCUGUCUGACCCCGAACAAGUGCAGCUGAUGAGGGAGCGCGAUGAGGAAGUCCGCCAAAUCCUGGCGCAGCUGCUUGGGGACGAGACUCUGCAGAAGCUUCUGCCCAAGACAUUUGAAGAAUCAUCCAACCGAAAGCAGCUGACACAGGAUCUGGAGAAGGACGCGGACGCAGACGAGGGCGGAAUUCCACAACAGAAGCGGGCGCCUGAGGCUGUGCGCAGGCACGACGAAUUGUAG